CCGUGACGUGUGUGUGAGGCUGAGAUAAAAUAUUUUAUUUCCAAUAUAAAUAUAUGUAUAUUGUAUGCGUGUAUAAGUUACUUUCGACCGUGUUGUCAGUUUUACCUGUGAAUAAGAAUAAUACCUGUUAUUAUCUGGGAUAAGUUGUAUUAUCGAAAAUAUGUGUGAGAGAGAGAGAAACCAAAACAAACAACAAAAGCGAUAUGGGAUAUUUUGGUUUGCAAACGUUGGAAGGCGACAUUUCGUUGAUACCUCAGUACCUGGAUACAUAGUAGGUGCAUCUUCUACCGUCACAGGUGAGUGUGUGGAGACGUUACUUUAUUAAAGCUCAGGACGUCGAUAAUAUCACGGUUUGAAGCUUUCGCUAAAAAUCCACGUUUCUUCAGUGUAUAGAAAUGUAUUCUAUAGAACUGUUCAGGCGUGGUAAGAAAUAUUAUGAACAACAGCGUACAUUAGGUAUUCAUCUUGCGAAAUACGCAGCACGUCAUGCGUGGUAUCCUUAAUGCAUGGUUUUUAUGUAUUAUUAAAUGGUGCGUAACAAUGUCACCUACGAGCACAGUACCUACAUUACAUGUCACAUUGUAAACACGGGUAUACUAAUUGGCUUGCAAGCUAAGAUGGUUGUACUCUCGGUUAUAUUAUCGUGUCCUUCUCUUUUAACCAUUUACAAAAAUAGCAGCAGGUAUUAGGGUUUUCCGCUUGGGUGCUGCCUGUCAACAUUCCCCUAUCACUGAUUGUAGUACCGAUGUGUCCUAGCGUUAAUUGGGUCGCUUCACUGAUUGAGGGUAGGUUCCCGGAUAACACAAUUAGCCAACAAUAGUGAAAUUCAUUAAGGGGUGCACAAUUCACACACGUGGUUUCGACUCAGUGCACACCGGGAGCUGACCAAACCAUCUCUAUGGAAACCGCUGCAAGCCCUUUCAUUGCAACAGGUAUGGACACAGUGAAUGGACACAGCACAGACGAAUCUUGUUUCUUGUUUUUCCAACACCAGCCUGUAAGGACCUUGACUGUCUGAGAUCCGUCCACAGACAAUAUUCCUUUACUUUGGACCUUGCCACUACAUAGACAUUAUUUUGUUUUAAUCGAGUUGUUUUGCCUUUCUCGAUCUAGACUCUAGCGUCCAAUUCUUCAUAUUUGACCAUCGUCGAGUGGGCGUCUUUUGUAAUCUUGAGCAUUAAGCAAAUCGUGGCUUCAUACACGGAAGCCGCUGGAAACAGUCAUACGUUUUGUUUUGUCAGGCCUAGUGGCAGGAAUAACAACAUUUCGGGUGGAUCUAGCUGUUACGUCAUCGAUGUUUACGAACAAUCAACACAUUGAUGAGUGAUUCCGAGGAAGGCUGUUGCGGUGUUCAUGAUGAAAGAUUUAGAUUCCACUGAUGUUGAGAAUAUUCUGGAAUUGGCUUUACUGGAAUGCGAUGUUAAUGUUUGGAAUAUAAUGGAAAACUUUAAAGAGGAGAAAGACAAUACAGCGACGAAAAAUGCGAUGGUUUCCCUGGCCGCGAGUGAUAGGCCGCCGGAUGACGUCAAGGCGUUUUUCGGCCACCCUCUCACUGCGGCCACGACGGCGAUUAACGGAGCAGACGAGCAUGCGUCGGCAGCGGCACUACUGCACGAGUACAUCAACCUGCCCGCGAUUGACAAGAGUGGGAUGAAGAUCAUGGACAAGCUCGCUGAUGCUCGGCCAGAACAGCGCCGGGAAGCCCUAGAGGGUAUGCUGAACGCCGGAGCCGAGUACGUGCACAUGUUGCUACAGAACGACAUGGACAAAUACCUCAACCUAGAGACUCACUCGCAGUCGAGAGAACUCAACCAUAGACAGGUGAAAGAUAGCAACGACAGUGUGUUGGUUCAGAUCCCGCAAGAAGUACUGAAGAAAAUCAAAAGCGAAUUGGAAGCGAAAUCGUCCUGUUCCCAUGCGUCGCCCGCUGCCGAAUUACACAAUGACGGAAAGCAAGGCAUGAUUAACAGUCAGGUAGCGAAGCUGGAGGCAACGUUUGAGAAAAAUUCGUUUGAGCCGAAAGAUCUAACGUUGAGAGAUGGGCAGCAGCCGGCUAGCGACAAGGGCUCGCCUCAGCCGGCCUGUCCCCAACCAGGACAAGUCCAUACAUCUUCUCCCGCUGCCCAGGAUGUUGCGCCGGAUGCAAAAGGCAAUGACAUAUCAAAGAAGGUCGUCCUGGCUCUUAACGAGAAGCUCAAGCAGCGCAUGAACCAGAAUGGACUGACGACAUCACCUAUUGCAGAUGCAGAGCCACACUCGCCAGUCAGGGAAUACGCGGAGGAUAAGUCUAGCAUGAACGGCAAGGUGCAUACCUUUCCUGUCAAACAGGAGGGAUUCCUCGACCAGCUGAACGGCGAACUUCCCCCACCUCCGUACGAAGCCGACACCAGGGUUGUGUCGGUACCCUUGACGUCUGGUAUGCAGACCGCCAUGUCCCCCAGCGGCAUCGUCCAGUCUCCGCAGGGUCAGUACUUCCAGGUGCUUCAGCCGCUGCAAAGCAUUGAACCCCUGCCUUCUAUAAACAAUGUGUAUUACAAUCAGAACUAUGUGUACCCGAGUUCUCCGACGGUUGUGGGCAACAUGGACCUUGAAAACAAACAAGGAGUCUCGAUGGUGGAGCGCUAUGUGCAACAGCAGUACACGUUUCAGAACCAGAACUUGCAGCAGUAUGUGAAUUCGAACGGAUCAGAGAACUAUGGGAUGAAAUCGCCGGACAGCGGCUAUCAAGAACCAUGUCUGUCGCCAUCCAACGGAAAUAUGUGUACAAAGGAUUCCACUGGUCAGUUUAAUACCGGUGUAAACAAAGAGAAAAUUGGUUCGAAAAGAAGGAAAUCGGUCACCUCGUUUUCUCGCCAAAUUUCUAACCAGGAGAAGACGGGCCCGGGAGUGAACAUACCAAAACUAGAGGUAGAAACAACUGGUUACCGAUAUUUUCUCGAGUCUCCAACUUCUGGGACACAGCGUAUUGAAGAGGACAGAAUGACAUACUUGAACAAAGGUCAAUAUUAUGGUCUCACUUUAGAAUUCGACAAGAAAUUCAGAUUACCGAAGAGUUCUUGUGUAAAGUCUAUAAUUCUGCUUGCGUUUCGGGAAGAGAAGUCUAAAGAGGAGGAGAGUAAAGCGUGGGAUUUCUGGCACAGUCGCCAGCACAGCUAUAAACAGCGAAUACUCGAUAUAGACACAAAGAAUAGUCAAGGCGUGUUGCCAAACUCCAUUGAUGAGCUAGCGUCCAAUGCCGUGGUCGUCAGAUGGAAUCCCAGAGAAUCUGCUGUCAAGGUUAAUAUUGCCGUGCACUGCCUUAGUACCGAUUUCAGUAAUCAGAAAGGUGUCAAGGGAAUCCCUCUACACAUUCAGAUUGACACCUACGAACAGCCCAAAGAUGUACGACCAGUCCACAGGGCAUUUUGUCAAAUCAAGGUCUUUUGUGACAAGGGAGCUGAAAGGAAAACACGAGAUGAAGAAAGAAGGAAAAACUCAAAAGCGAAGGAAACGUGCUUAUCACCAAAUGGGUCAUCCCGAGCCGAGGUCUACCACACCUCGUGUGAGAGAUCACAGUUCUACCCCAUGGUCGACUUGAUAUCCAAUCCGGUGUUUUUUAACCACCUCAAGUUAGAACAAGGAGACUAUGCUAACAAGAUCAGUUCGUUUAUCUGUGCAGCCCCUGAUGACGAAAGCUCAAGUCUGACAAGUGUGGUUGACGGAUUGGCACAGACGGAUGAUAUUUUUGCCGCUCAGCCUGCAAAACGACAGAGAACCGAUUCAUUCAGCAACUGCAGUGAACAUUCAAAGACCUUACUGUACGUGCGAGAGAAACACGAGGCAGCAUUCACAGCUCUCCUGUUGAGAUUGCCUACCAUGCAUGGUUUACUGAACGCGAUAGAGGAAAAGUAUAUGAUACCAGUAAACAAUGUAAAACAUCUGUACAAGAAAUCCAAAAAAGGAAUUCUGGUGAAAAUGGAUGACAACAUAGUGCGCCACUACUCCCACGAAUCGACGUUUAUCCUGGAAAUGAACCACCUCCCCGACAGUGGUAUGAUGGAGAUCAUUCUGGUUGAGAUUGACCCACAGUGAACACAAUCUGGACUACAGUUCAGUCGUGUCACAAAGUAAUGAAGAUGAUUGUUGUAUUGUUGUGAUGAAGAUGGUUAUAUCGUUACAAGGCUUUUCAGACUUAAUCAUUAUUAUUCUUACAGAAAUUGGCAUAAUAUAUUAUUACUGAAAAGUAUAUGUACUUUGAACAGUUGAGCGAGCAGGUUGUCUUUUGUUCCAUAUAAGUGUCAGAAUAGUGAUAAUUGUAACAGAGUUCGAUAACGAAUAUCACAUUGUGGAUACACUGGAAUACUAGAGCGCAUGCUAACACGAAUUGGACUUUGGUAUUCUGCUUGCAGAUGUUGACCAUCAAGAAAUGAAUUUAAAUAUGAGCACAACAUAAUUGCAUCAUCAUUCAUGAUUUACUGUCUGUUAAAGGGAUGUUGCCACCAGUUUCAUUAAGAAAGCAUACUUCUCUGUUUGGUGUCUUUCUCAGCCAUGCCGAGUGUAAUGUGCAAUCAUCUUGCACAAAGAAGCAUAGUGAACUGGGUCGGUGCAUAGCAGAUAGCUAACACCAUCCACUGGAAACUGCAGAAGACUAGUUCAACGUCAGCGUUCAAGAGCAUAAGACAACCUUACAGCUAUCCUGCAAAGAGUGGCACGAGCGUGAAAUUGAAUACUUCAUGCUAGACGACCGACUUGAUCUCAUGGCGCAGUUGCUGGUCCCAAAGAAGUAUGGUGGAGGAAAACUGGUCUCAAGGAGGGACAGUUGAAGGGAAUUAGUCUCAAAGAAGUCAGAUUAAAUUAGACUUGUCUGAAGGAAGCAAGGUUGAAGGAGACUGGUCUCAAAAAAGCAAAAUCGUAUUAGACUGCUAUCAAGGAAGCAAUGUUGAAGAAGAUUGGUCUCAAGUACGUAAGGUUGAAGAAGACUGAUCUCACAGAUGUACGGUUGAAAGAGACUGGUCUCAAGGACGUACGGUUGAAGGAGACUGGUCUCAAGGACGUGAGGUUGAAGGAGACUGGUCUCAAAGACGUACGGUUGAAGGAGAUUGAUCUCAAGGACAUACGGUUGAAGGAGAUUGACCUCAAGAAGGAAGGUUGAAAGAUACUGGUCUCGGUGGACAUGGUUUUCAGAAACCUAUCAGCUCCUGCCCUGCCGACGUGAAGCUACACCUCUCGAGUGUGGGACCAUAGUCCCUCGCUAGUCACUAUGGCAACACUCCAUACAUUCUGAUAUGGUAUGGAUCUAAUACUCAACAGCCACGAUGGAAAAGACGAUUAUUUUGGCAUUGUAACAGCAAUCGGGCCUCUAUUUCGUUAAAUAUACAGAAGAUCUCGUUUCAGGAUCAGAUUCAGCCUUGAUGUUAAAACACACAACGUUUAGUUUGAAUAAUUAAUUAUCCCAUGCUCUAAAUUCUGUAAAUAUUGGCCAAAAUGAUAUUUUGUUAUAGUCUUGGAAAUCGUCUGAUUUCUUCUGCCAGGUUAUUGAUUCAUUGCUACGUUCUACACAUACGUGUAGCAAUAGUUCGUUUAAGAUUAUUUAUAAACUCACGUGAGAACAAGCACUGAAUGGGUUAAACAGGGUUGAGUUGUGAAGAGAUAUUUCAUAUAUUGUUUCAGUGCAAAGAAUUUCAGCCUUUGAGGGCCAUAGCUCUGAUGUUUUUUAUUAAGCUUGACCUUUGGACAAUGGUGCUAUAGACAAUGUACACGUUUCUUAAUUAACAUUCCUUUGUUCAUGUUUGUCAUUUUAUAUUUGUAAAAAAAUUGAAUUCCAUAUAUACCCGUCCAUAAUAGAUCAUCAUAAAUGGUGAUGGCUGUAUUCCAUAACAGGUCUAUAAAUGUGAUGUCUUGAUUUCGCUAUAGGUUAUUAAAAACUACAAAUAAAUAUAUUCUGUGCUAUCAGAUAUUUCAAAGCAUAUGUUAUUGAAGUAAUCACUAUUAGAUAGCUCAAGAAAUGAUUGGUAAUUUAUCUAGGAUACAGAGAAUUAGAGAAGGGUGAUCAUGACCUGUUAAGAAUAUAAAAUUAUUAUCUAUUAAACAUACUAAAUGAUGGUUUGACAAGGCUAUAGGCGGAUUUGUAUGAACGGAUGGAGAUGGGCAGUUGGUAGAUGGAUAGGAAUUGUAGUGUGUUAAGAAUAUAGAAAUGUAGUGGAGUGGCAGUCCUCUGUAGCUGUGUUAGAAGGAUGUAUUGUAAAGGAUCUCCUCGGGAGUGGCUGUCCUCCUAUAGACGGAACAUUACAUAGGGAUUCAUGGAAGUAACUAUUUUGCCAAAUAUCCAUUCGACUCUGCAUUGUGCACAGAUACUGUUUUGCUUCUUUUUUUUUCUCUUUUUUUUUUUGGUGGGGGGGGGGGGGAUUGCAUUACGGUUUAGCGAUAUAGCUGAUUUAUAACAAGCAAUGUUGUCAAAAUAUGUAUGGUCUAAUGUAUAAAAACCAGUCGUUGGUUAUAAUUAUUCUAAUGACUGUAUCGGGUGCAAAUACCACCGUCAUACAUUUUAUGUUUUGCUUGUUAUGAUAACUAAGAUUUUCGAUAUACAAGUCAUGGAGCAUUGGUUAGGUAUGUGCCCUAUAGUAUGUCUUUCAAGCUUAAACAAUAUGACAUUGUCACAAAGACAAGUGUAGCGGAUUGGCUCAGUUGAGUAUGUUUUAAUAAUUAUGUCUCUAUAGAAUGAGACGUUUUGCAGCGGGGUGCCUAAAGCAAGAUGAUAGAAGAUUUUGUUGCAUCUUUUCAGACGGAAAUAUUUUCAUAUUUUGAAAUGGUAUUUCCUGUGUAUUUGUUGCUGACGAAAAGAGUGGAACCCGAGUUUUCUAAGCAUCUCUGAUUCGGUCACAACUAGCAAGUGUUUGGUGCAUCAUUUUAUUGAAAUGAUUUUGAAAAAUAAGCAUAAUAUGUACUUGUUAUUCGUAUAAUGUAAACUUAAAACAAUUUUGAAAGACAAGCAUAAUAUGCACGUGUUAUUCAUAUAAUUAAACUUAAAUUGAUUUUGAAAGACAACCAUAAAAUGCACUUGUUAUUCAUAUAAUUAAACUUAAAAUGAUUUUGAAGACAAGCAUAAUAUACACUUAUCAUAUAAUGUAAACUUAAAAUGAUUUUGAAAGACAAGCAUAAUAUCCACUUGUUAUAUCAUAUAAUGUAAACUUAAAACGAUUUUGAAAGACAAGCAUAAUAUGCACGUGUUAUUCAUAUAAUUAAACUUAAAUUGAUUUUGAAAGACAACCAUAAAAUGCACUUGUUAUUCAUAUAAUUAAACUUAAAAUGAUUUUGAAGACAAGCAUAAUAUACACUUGUUAUUCAUAUAAUGUAAACCUAUUUAGUGAUACAAGUCUCACUAGGUGUCUUCUGUAUUGUACUGGAAAUGUUAAUAUGUAUUAUAAUAUAUUUUACUAAUCUGGGCUCCGUUCCACGAAGCGAUCUUAGCGCUAAGAUCACCUUAAGUGCACUAGGUAGUUCAAUAAUAUCUGCAAGUGAAUAUUUGUGUGGGUAUAAAGUGGUACAGCGGUUCAGCUUUAAAGCUGUGGGGGAUCGCGCUAUGAUAACAGUUAAUAAGAUGAUUUAUUGUUGAUCUCAUUUAGACACAUAGUUUGCUGAUGUGAGACCAUUUACAUUAUUAUUAAUAUAAUGACUGAACAUCGCUGCUAUAACCAAUGUCUGCAUUACUACAAGAAUCCCAGGUUUCAACAAACAACAAUAGCAUCCAACUUCUCAUUCUCAUUCAGUGAUUUCCACUUAUUUUCAAACAUCAUUAGAAAUAAUAAAUAUAUAAAAAUUAUAUUAAAUAAUUCUGUUUGGGAUGUUUAAGGGCAGGGAUUGGAUUUGUUUUUCGUUUUUGUUUGUUUUGUAUUUGUUGUGGUUUUUUGGAGGGGGAGGCGCGUUUUUUUGUUCUUGUUUUGGUUUGCUUGUAUGAGGUUGGGUUGUAGGGGGGGGGGGGGGGGGGGUUGUUGUUUUUUGUGUGGGUUUUUUUGCAUAUUCCUUUAUAAAACAUGGAAGUAUUUAAGAUUAUUAAUGGACAAUUAACGAUAAGGUCACAAAUACACGACUGACGACUUUAAAUAACAUGUAUACUAAGUACCGUAUGCAAUUACAUAAUGUAUACUAAACGUAUAUGGUUUAUGUUAAAUACGAAACAAAAAUGAAUUUACAAAUGUAGUGUUUAAAAUGUGUAAUAGCAAUUGAACUGCUUCCAUUGUAAGAUUUUUCUGACUACUAAGGACUAAACGUCAGGGUCAAUGGUUUUUUUUUAAUUGUUUUAAUUUUUGGGUUUUAAUUUACUUCCAUAUAUAUAUGUAUGAAAUUAUUCGGAAAUAAAAUCCUGUUUCGGCCAUUGCAAAUAUUAGGACGACCAUAAAAAUAUAUAAAUUGAUACUCUAAGUAACCACGUGUAAUUGUAGAUGUUAAAAAUACCAUUUCAGUCGACACGUUUCAAUGGUAUGCAUUUCAAUACAAUUUCUAUGUCAGAAUAUAGUCUGUGAAAAAUACAACAAUAUCGUGAGAGGGCUACGUGACCGGUAUUUUUAGGGUGCACCUUCUCUUGAUAACUAUCUUGAUAAAAAGUCAACAUAGGUUGACUACGAAAUUUUCACUUAGUCACCCUUUUGCAAGAGCAGCGCCUCAUUUUGCUGUUAUAUAAGUGGUAGUAUACCACUUGCAGUUAUUUUAUUUAGUACUCAAAAUAACAAGUAAUUUCAAAUCAAUGGGUUGUAUAUAUACUACAGAGGUAAACAUACUUGUAAUCGCCAAUGAAAUAUUAAAAAGAUAUUUCAGUAUUGUAUUUUAUUUUUAAUGAAGAACUAUUUCCUAAAUCGGAUGCUACAUCAAGUAAUGACACGGCAAAUAGUGCUGUGUACCUUUUAACUCGCCUAGUGCUGGAAUAACGUCAUUAUGGUCACAAUAUCAGAGCAUCAUAAACUUUACAAGUUAUAUACUCAACAACAAAGGAGACGCGAUUAUUUUCUAUGUUACAAUUAAUUUGGUAGAUUUGUCAACAUGGGCCUAAAAUAUUGACAAAACAUUGAUAAUUUUCAUAGAAAAAUUAAAGGAUAUUUAAAGUGAAUACUUUUCGAUAGAUUUAAAGAAAAGUAAAUACAUAAUCGAUUUUCUUUUGUUGUCCAGUAAAUCGAUAUACAGCUGAUUAUGCAAUUGAUAUCACUGUUAAGUUAAUAGUAAACAAGGGCAACAAUUAUUACAAAUAUGUGUAUUAUACUGCUGAAUGAAUGUUUGUAUUGUAUCGUACUGAAAUCAUUUCAAAGCUUGUAAUCUACCAUUUAGCUUACAUUUUCACGUCCAUACUAAACAUUCCAUGGCAAUUUUACAUGACGUAUAUGUACAAAUGCAUUGUAUCAUUCCAUGACAUUUUACUGUGUAGUCGACGAAUCUCAUUUUUAGACGCUUUUGUCUACAGCAAUAAACUGUGUAUUAUAGGUAUAUAUUAUAUAUAUUUCUAGAGUUCUAUAUUUUAUAAUCUGCGGUAUCGUACUUAACUACCCAUUGUGUAUAUUGUGUUGAACACUGCGUGAAUCAAAUAUUGUAUAUAUAUAUAUAUACUAGCGCAAAGUUACGCAGAAAAAGUUGUAUAUUUAAAACAUGUGCCAUCUUUAAUGUGAUGAUUCCAGAACUGAGCAUUAUAUCGCUCAUAUUAGGAUAUUAUGUAUUAGGUCUGUUACAGAAAUGGUCAUAUUGGGAUCAGGUGGGAAUCUUGGCAGUUUUAUUUUCUUAUUUUAAAAUCCAGAAUCUACUACCAGAAACAUUGGAACCGAGGCGAAGUUUUACCUCCGAGAAUAAUGCAUUUUUUGUGUCAGAAUAUAUUCUGUGAAAAAUACAAUAUUAACGAGCGGGCUGGGUGACUGCUAUUUUUACAAUACAAUAUUAACGAGCGGGCUGGGUGACUGCUAUUUUUACAAUACAAUAUUAACGAGCGGGCUGGGUGACUUCUAUUUUUACAAUACAAUAUUAACGAGCGGGUUGGGUGACUGCUAUUUUUACAAUACAAUAUUAACGAGUGGGCUGGGUGACUGCUAUUUUUACAAUACAAUAUUAACGAGCGGGCUGGGUGACUGCUAUUUUUACAAUACAAUAUUAACGAGCGGGCUGGGUGACUGCUAUUUUUACAAUACAAUAUUAACGAGCGGGCUGGGUGACUGCUAUUUUUACAAUACAAUAUUAACGAGUGGGUUGGGUGACUGCUAUUUUUAGAGAGUACUUUCCUUUGAAAACUACCUUGCAAAAAAUCAAUAUAGGUUGACCAUGACGUUUUUUUUUUAAAUAGCCACUCUUAUUCUAUAUCACUGUCUCAUUUUGCUGAGGUAAGUGGAAGUAUGCCAUUUUCACUGUUUUGUUUACUUAGUACUAAAAAUAUCAGGUAAUUUCAAACCAAUGGGUUAUGUUUUAUCAGUGAAAAUAAUUGUUUUCCAACAUGUACAACCGACAAUGUUUUGAAAAUAAUUUGUAAAUAUUAUUUUGCAUUAAAACAAUUCCAAACCCACCGUUGAUAAAAUAAUCGUGAGGGUACCACCUUACCCUAUCACCCCCACCCCCGUGUGUUCUUUUCUGUAAUAGUCCUAAAAUGGUGUUACGUAAGCGUGACUUAUGCUUUUGUUUUCUAUGCAACGACAAAGCCUUUGUUUACGUUACAACAAAUGGAAUAAAUGUAGUGAUAUGUU